ACUGGAAACCGCCAAGACUUAAUAUAUACGCUGUAGAUGAGGAGAUCUCAAACGUCUUCUCCAGCUCCGCAGACCCGGGGUCUCUCCCUAGCGGAUUGGGAAGCCGCCGCACCGUUGGAUGAGCUCGAGAUCACCAGUGUCGGUAUCGUCCGGGAAGCGUGCAAUGUUCGCCCAUUGCCAGAAAAGUACUCGAAUAAUGCUGAAGCCGGACCCAGUCGCCCUGCCACUCCCGCUAUGUCGGCAUCGGCGGUGUUCAAGAAGGGACAACCCAACUCUCUGCUUCAAUCUGCUUUAGGGAUCUCUCGACCCCCUUCCGGCCAAGGAAUUCCCCGUAAUGCCUCAUCGAUGUCUCUAUCCAAGCAAUCCUACGUAACGCCGGCGGUGGUCUCGAGCGCCCAACAGUUUCACGAGCACUUCUCGCACUUGACAUCCUCCCUGCUGCACUCGCAAGAUUCGGCUUACAGGACCCAUCUCGAGGAAGUCAAGGCGUAUGGCGACGCUUGCCGGAUAGUGGGGGAAGACCUGCAACAGUCGGAGGAAAUCGUGGAUGCCAUGAUAGGUUGCCUCAAAUGGGUCGAGGAGCGCGGAGAAAGCCUCAGGAUCGCAGGGGAGACCUUGAUGCAGGAAGAGUCUCAACUCAACCUACAAACGACCCAUCUCUCAUCUCGCCUGUCUUACUUUACCUUUUUGGAACAAGCUCAAAGAAUGCUCAAUAACCCCGGUGACGAGCUCGUCCUUAGCGAUGGGUUCCUCGGAAUGGUCGAAAGACUAGACAGCUGUUUGACCUAUCUCAAGACCCAUAGAGACUUCAGGGAUGCCGAGAUCUAUCUGAUUCGAUAUCAGCAAUGCAUGACUAGGAGUAUGACCCUGAUCAAGCUCUAUGUCGUCAACGCUCUCCGUUCACUGGGACAAGAGGUUCAAAAACGUAUCACCGAUACGAAGUAUCCCAUCUCCGAAACUGCGGCCAUCGCCCUCUUGUACACCAAAUUCACCUCGUUCGCCUUUCCAUUGCGACCCCUGUUGGCUGAGCUCGAACUCCGAGCGGCAGAAAACCCCACGGAGUUGGGAUCCCUGUUGGACGAUUGUCAUAGCGCUUGGAUUUCGGUGCGGAAGAGCUUGAUCAGCCCACGGGUGGAGAGAGAGGUCAAGAGGAUGGAACCUGCCACGGCGGGGAUCAUAGAUCUGACUCGGUCUGGUUGCGGAUACCUGAAGAGUAUUUGCUCUGAUGAAUACAAUCUUUACAAGCAAUUCUUCCAGACAGGGGAGAAGCUGGUAUAUACCUUCCUGGAGGGACUUUGUGAUCAUCUCUACGAUCACUUGCGACCAAGGAUUCUGCAUGAGAUGGACUUGCCCACGCUGUGCGAUGUCUGCACAGUCUUACAGGGUCUUAUGAUAGCCGACUUUGGUGACGACGACGUGGAGCCCACCACGCUAGCAACGCCUGAUGCAGCGCCAGGUCCAGGAUCGUCAUAUUUCCCCAAAUUCGGAUCCCCCGCUGGCAACGAUUUGACCCUUCAGCGGUACAUCUCCUAUGAACCCGAAUCCAACAUUCAGCCUCAUCGACCGAGUGAAACCUUCCAUGCCGGGAAGCUGCUCGAUAUGGUCCUUCGCGAUGUUCAGACGAGGAUGAUCUUCCGGAGCCAGGCUAUCCUGCGAAGCGACGUUGGCUCUUAUGCUCCACGUGAAGACGAUCUCGACUAUCCUGCCAAGCUCAGAAACGCUUCGCAACAUCUAGUCAAGGACAGGCAGACGUUUGCUGUAUCACUCGAUGACGAUGACGAGGACAAUCCCGCAUUCCUGCAGAUGCCUGAGAAGGAAACGCAGGAGACAUGGUAUCCUUCUCUCCGCUCGACAUUAUGGGUAUUGUCGCUUGUGCAUACAUAUGUAGAGAACAACAUCUUCGAAGAUCUCGCCGAGGAAGCCAUCUCUACAUGCAGGCAAUCUCUCCUGAAAGCUGCACAAAUCUUUGCCUCGCGGAAAAAGGAUGCCGAGCUUGACGCCCAACUAUUUCUAAUCCGGCACCUGCUCAUCUUGAAGGAAAUGACGGCUAGUGUAGAUAUAGUAAGCCGGUCUCGAGCGGGACUGAGCAAUGGGGGCGUCUAUGCUACAUUGAGUGCCCUAUUGGCUGGAGCUUUGAACCUGGUAGGAGUAGGAGGUUUGUUGGGUCUCAAAUCUGAACCCGCCUCCAGGAUGGCAGCAACCGCCAAGCAUGAUGUGGAUCGCGAGCUCAAGCGGGUAUGCGAGGAAGCGAUCGGCCAAUGUGCCGACAAGGCGACUGUGUCGAUACGGACAUGGCUCGACCGGUGCACAAAGUAUUUGUCACAAAAAUCGUCUCGAGGGCAAGCGGCAGACCUGACAUCGCAGGACUGGGCGACCCCAGAAAAGGUCAAGGCAGCGCAUGAUGCUUUCCGGGACAACGCAGAGGUCAAUAUUGCAGGAUGGAUUGCAAGCUUAGUCAUCUAUCUGCAGGACGAGGCCACAGUGCGGGUCUUGAUACCGCCCAUGCAGAACAAUGUCAUGGACACUUACAAAACCUUUUUCGACGUCGUCCGAGCAGAGUACGAUCACGACGUCGUUUCAUCGCUCAUGACACCUCCUGCCAUGCUCAGUAUGUUGAAGCGCUUGGAAAAUGACGCGUUGAAGGCAAGAUCGUAAUAGAAGGCACGAGAUUGUACGAUGGCAUAUUACAUAUUACAGCUGAUAU